GCCUGAGUGUUCUUUUCCCUCGCCCCGGCAUGCUCCUCUCUCGGCCUUGUCUCUUGGCCGCCUCUCUCUUCCGGGUCCUGGUUGAUGGUGGUCUUGGUUGGUUCUGGUCUUGGUUCCUGUUGGAUUGGUCGGGUCCGGUCUGGUUUACUUCUGGUUUGGUUUGGAUCUGGUUUUGGUCGGUUUUGGUUCAUCUUUUAUUGGGGCUAGUUAUUCAAUGAGGUAGUAAAUCCAACCACGAUACUAC